CCUCCUAAUGGUCGGCUAAGAGCAUAUGAGGGUGGAGCUAGUAGCCCAAGGACCUGCCAGUCACGGAUUUUCCUCAAGGCACAGAAGAAGGAGGAGGGGCCGUGACCCCAGCAGGUGAGCAGUCUCUCCUCUGCCUGGAAACCCCAUGCCUCGGCUUUCCCCUGCUUGCCUCUGAGUUCACGGAAUCCUUGGAAGGCCUGGGAGACUCACCUUUACUCAGAUGGUUACCUGUCUCGUACCCAGCUUGACCCUGGACUUUCAACAGUGAGGACAAAGAACAAGGAUAAUGGGGGGAUGCCCUCUUUCCAUGGAGGCCCGUGGCUUGUAAGCCCCAACCUCCUCUGGCCUCUGUCUGUGGAGCCUCCUUCAAACUGACAGAAAGAAAAGCACCUGCUAGGGACUGCCGUUCUUCUAGAGUCUUUCUACUGAUGCUCUGUGAGGUCCCCUGCGAGCCAUGAAGCCGGGGCUGGUCUUUCCUGGGCUUGCCUAUCCCAUCUUUCUCCUCCAAUCCCUCCCCUCUCUCCUCUGGGUUAAUUAGAGAAAGUUGUCUGUUGGCCUGCCUGGCAGGGUGGAGUUCAGGGGCAGGUCAGGAGCCCCAUGACAGCUCAAAAAGAAAAAAGAAAACAAAACCCACCAUUGGGCCCUUGUUCUUUCAUUCUUCUGUUUUCUAAAAACCAAACGUCUUGGCUUUGCAGAUCCACGCUAAGCUUGCCUCCAGCUGGCAACCUAAGGAGGGUAAAGGAGAAGCUCCCCGACUCCCAACCCCACCCCUUCCUCCGGGGAGCAAAACUAAGUCCCGCCCUGGCUGCAGAUCCCUCCCACACUGGACUUAGGAAACCCUCAGCACAGACAAUAGCCCUGCAUUCCCCACACCGCACCCACACUCAGCCACUGUGGGCGAGGAGGGCCAGGCUCCCGAAAGCUCAGGUGGUCUAUGUUGCCCGCAACGCAAAGGACGUGGCCGUCUCCUACCACCAUUUCUACCAGAUGGCCAAGGUGCACCCUGACCCUGGGACCUGGGACAGCUUCCUGGAGAAGUUCAUGGCCGGAGAAGUGUGCUACGGUUCCUGGUACCAGCACGUGCGGGAGUGGUGGGAGCUGAGCUGCACACACCCUGUUCUCUACCUCUUCUAUGAAGACAUGAAGGAGAACCCCAAAAGGGAGAUUCAGAAGAUCCUGGAGUUUGUGGGGCGCUCCCUGCCAGAGGACACCCUGGACUUCAUCGUUCAGCACACGUCAUUCAAGGAGAUGAAGAAGAACCCCAUGACCAACUACUCCACUCUCCCCAAGGAGUUAAUGGACCACAGCAUCUCCCCCUUCAUGAGGAAAGGCACGGCUGGGGACUGGAAAACCACCUUCACCGUGGCGCAGAAUGAGCGCUUCGACGCGGACUAUGAGGAGAAGAUGGCAGGCUGCAGCCUCAGCUUCCGCUCCCAGCUGUGACAGGGGCUCCCGGGGUCACUGCAGAGGGAGUGUUCGAGUCAAGCCUGACCAAGGGGCUCAAGAAUAAAGUGUGAUUUGUGUUCAA